AUGCCGGGGCCGGUAACCACGGUUGAUGAUCCUGCGAUUGACUGGUCCAAAUUCGCAUAUAUUCAAUACGUUACAUCACCCGAAUACCUUUGUAGUGCUCUUAUGCUCUGGUCUCAGGUGGAAACAAUCGGUAGUCAUGCUCAACGACUGAUGUUAUAUCCUUCCCAUUGGUCCCUGGAAGAAACCGACAAUACCCUCCCCUCCAAACCUCUCACGCCCAUUGCCAGGCUAUUGAAGCAAGCGCAGACCGAUUACUACGUUAAACUUCAACCGGUGGAUGUUCUACAUCAGAAUCAUACGGAACAAUCAACAUGGGCAGAUUCAUAUACUAAACUUCUCGCAUUCAACCUUACACAAUACGAUCGAGUAUUACAUCUUGACUCCGAUGCUCAAUACAUUCAGAAUAUGGAUGAAUUGUUUCUCCUACCUUCUGCACCGGUUGCUAUGCCAUAUACUUAUUUUGGUCCACCAACCAAUUGGGCAUAUUCCUCCCAACUAUUAUUACUACAUCCUUCGACCAACCAAUUUCAGAAACUCGAAUCUGCCGUGCAGCAUGCCGGGCCGAACGAGUAUGAUAUGGAUAUUUUGAAUACAAUGUUCGCACCUCAUAUUUUGGCUAUUCCGUCUCGCCCAUACAACCUUCUUUCAGGAGAAUUCCGCCGCAAAUCGCAUACAGAAUAUUUGGGAAAUUCGAAAGAUGUUUGGGAUCCCGAUAAGGUAUUGGCAGAAGCAAAAUAUAUGCACUUUUCGGAUUGGCCGAUACCAAAACCUUGGAUACGAGCAACAAAGGAGGAAUUGAAUAAAUAUAUGCCGAAUUGCGGAGCGAGUGAAUGGUUUGGGGCAACGAAUUGUAGAGAUAGGACGAUAUGGUUGGGAUUGUAUGGAAUGUAUGCGCGAAGGAGAAAGGAAGUUUGUGGAAUUGGGUUUGAGCUACAACAGAGGGUAUUGAUUGGAGAUGGAGAGGGUAAGGGAAUGAACAGUGUUGUCAAUUGA